AUGGAUGUUGAUAUUGUUCCAGAAGCGAGAGAACAAACAUUUCUGUUUACAAGUGAAUCUGUGGGGGAAGGACAUCCAGACAAGAUGUGUGAUAUGAUUUCUGAUGCUGUUUUGGAUGCACAUUUAGAACAAGAUCCUAAUGCUAAAGUUGCUUGUGAGGUUGUUACAAAAACUGGAAUGAUUUUACUUUGUGGAGAAGUAACAAGUAAAGCACACGUUGAUUAUCAAAAAUUAGUUAGAGGGGUUGUUAAACAAAUUGGUUUUGAUGAUUCUAGUAAAGGUUUUGAUCAUAGAACUUGUAAUGUAAUGGUUGCAUUAGAGCAACAAGCAUCAGAAAUCGCUGCAGGUGUUUGGGAGAAUAGGUGUGACGAGGAUAUUGGGGCUGGAGAUCAGGGUUUAAUGUUUGGUUAUGCAACUGAUGAAACAGAUGAGGCUAUGCCUUUAUCUCUUCUUCUUGCACAUCAAUUACAAGCUAAAUUGUGUAAAUUAAGAAAAGAAGGAGAAUUGGAAUGGUCUUUACCUGAUUCUAAAUCACAGUUAACAAUUGAAUAUAAAUUCAAUAAUGGAGCUUGUAUACCAAUUAGAGUACAUACUGUUGUAAUGUCUGCCCAACACAAACAAUUCGAAAAUGAUUUGGAAGUUGUUCGUCAUGAUUUGUUAGAGAAAGUUAUUAAAAAAGUCAUUCCAAGCAAUUUAUUAGACGAAAAAACAAUUUAUUAUUUAAAUCCGUGUGGAACUUUUCAUAUUGGAGGGCCCCAAUGCGAUGCAGGCCUAACUGGACGAAAAAUAAUUGUCGAUACUUAUGGAGGUUGGGGAGCACACGGAGGGGGAGCUUUUUCUGGAAAAGAUCCGUCAAAAGUUGAUCGUUCUGCUGCUUAUGGGGCUCGUUGGGUGGCUAAAUCUUUGGUUAAGGGUGGAGUUUGUCGUAGAUGUUUAGUACAGGUUUCAUAUGCAAUAGCAAUAUCCCAUCCAUUAUCUAUUGCUGUAAUCUCUUACGGAACAAGUCCAUUAACGGAGGCCGAAUUACUUCAAAUAGUUAAUGACAAUUUUGAUUUACGUCCGGGAGUUAUUAUAAGAGAACUUAAUUUAAAACGUCCAAUUUAUUCUCGUACAGCAGCUAAUGGACAUUUUGGACAUUCUAAUUUUCCUUGGGAAAAACCAAAAAAAUUAGAAAUUCGUCCAGAAUUAGCUAAGAAAUUGGCAAAUUUUAAAAAAGAAGGAAAUGAACAUUUACCUAAUGGAAUAUUUAAACAUUAA